CCGUACUUAUCCACUAGAGGGUGUGUUUUCAUUAUUAAUAUACUGUAUACAGUCGAUUUGCCUUAGACUGCGACGUGGAAAGUUUGAAAGUGUUUGCUACGUGACAACAUCACGAGGGCCUAAUGUCCACAUUAUACAUGCUACACGCUGUUCACUGGACCAUGUGUGUGAAGAGUAAGACUUUUGAAGUGUAUAAUAAAGGUUAAUGCACUGAAGUACAGGAGAAAGAAGAGGUGAACGCGAUGGACGGAGCAGUGGCUGUUCUUUUAAUCUCCCUCGCGAUGUUUGUGGGAUGUUUUCUCCUCGGACUCAUUCCAUUACUGGUCAACUUUUCCCAGGAGAAACAGCAGUUUAUUACCGUGCUGGGGGCGGGGCUUUUGUGUGGCACCGCCCUCGCGAUUAUUAUUCCGGAGGGGGUGGAGCUACUGGAGGGGUCAUCCAGAGAUUCAUUUUGCUCAGUUGUAACGGCUAAGCUGAAUGCCUCCGAUUUGAAUUCUACUCUCAAGUCUUCCACAGAGAAAAGAUUGCGUCCGCAUGUCUUCAUUGGAGCGUCACUGGUCCUGGGGUUCACGUUGAUGUUUGUGGUUGAUCAGAUUGCUGACUACUACUCUACACACGUUGCCCGUGCAAGUGUAUACAGUGGCAGUACCACAGCAACUCUGGGUCUCCUCAUUCAUGCAGCAGCUGAUGGUAUAUCUCUAGGUGCAGCUGUUGCAUCGUCUCAAGUGUCAGUUCAGGUCAUUGUCUUCUUUGCUGUGAUUUUGCACAAGGCUCCAGCUGCGUUCGGUCUCGUCUCGUUCCUCAUGCACGCAGGUUUGGAGAGAAGCACAGUUCAGAAGCAUUUGCUGGCGUUUUCAUGUGCAGCUCCUCUGACUGCGAUCAGCACUUACUUCAUCCUGCUUGCGUCGGGUGGAUCGACAGAGCACCGUCUCAGUGCGACAGGAAUCGGCAUGCUGGUCUCUGCUGGGACUUUCCUUUACGUGGCUACGGUGCAUGUGCUGCCUGAGAUUAACAGCAGAGGACAGCAGCGGUCUAGUCACGCUCACCACCAUGCAGGAACAGGAAUUUACCAUCACGCAGGACUCGGGUUAAUGGAAAGCAUCACUCUGGUCGCAGGAGCUGGACUUCCUGUGCUCUUAGCCCUCGGCCUACCUGAUGAAUGAAGAGUUGUUACGUUGCCAAAUGUUAUUUCUGGGAUGGAAUGUGUUUUAAAUGCAUUUUAGACUUGAUAAUGCUCAAUGAGUAUGAAUAUUUAUGAUUCUUGUCUUUGGGUUUUUUUCCCCACUUUGCCAAUCCCUAAACCAGCAUUACAGGAACAUGGUACUGAGAUUUUUUAUUUAUCAAGUGCACUAGACCUAUUUAUUUCCACUAUCAAAAUCAUUUGCACUGUUGUCCAGGAAUACAAAAACAAUAAAACACAUUAUUCAUAUUUAUUUGUAUCCUGCAUAUUUUACAGGAUUGGUCAUCAUUUACUGUGUAGUGAUUCCUGAGUCUUCUUUUACUACUUUUUAAAUUUCACAUUAAAUUUCCAUAGCUGAACUCUGCUCCACAGUGCUAUACAAAAGUACAAUGAAAGUUUCCUGAAGAGUUAAUGUACUGCAUUUAAUGAAAUUAACCAAGAACGAAGAGGCACAGUAUGCAGUAGAACACGUGAAAACAUUUAGCUUGAACCCAAACAGUAUAAUUGUUUUGUAGAUGUUGAACCUUGUUCUGUAUAGUAUUUCAGCAAUAUUCUGGACAAUUUUGCACAGCUGGGACUGUGUUAAUAUAAAUUAUGUUUUAAAAUCUAAUGCAAUGAUACUACAUUAUGUUCUUUAUGUUAAAAAAAAAAAAAAAUUAAUUCAUCCAUCCAACCAUUUUCUGUACCACUUAUCCUACAAAGGAACUCCUGGAGCUUAUCCCAGGGCACUCAGGCCCCAAGGCAGGGGACACACUAGAGGGGGU